AUGAAACCGGACGGUGUUGGAUUCGGUGUAGGUGCCUUGGGUAUAGCUAUGCCUCUGAGUGCUCCCGAGGCGUCCAUGCCUCCACAGUCGAGUGCUGCCCAAUUCGUCAGUAACAGACAUGGUGCUCCCGGAUUCCUGUCACAGUCGUCAGCCUUCUUGAAAGUCGAGGGAGAAAGCUCGCAGUAUCCCCCGAAUCACCCCUUGUCCGGCUCGAAGCAUUUGUGUGCGAUUUGUGGUGAUCGUGCGAGUGGAAAGCAUUACGGAGUCCACAGAGGCUCUGUCGUGUAUGUUGACAGCUGCGAAGGUUGCAAAGGUUUUUUCAAACGAACCGUCCGAAAAGAGCUGACUUAUUCCUGUCGGGAAAGCCAACGAUGCACCGUUGAUAAACGUCAGCGUAAUAGGUGUCAAUACUGCCGCUACAAGAAAUGUUUGAAUAUGGGAAUGCGUCGAGAAGCUGUCCAGGAAGAGCGACAGCGCACUCGUGAACGUGAUGGGUCGGGAGACGGCGAAAAUUCUGUAGAAGCCAUUUGUGAAAUGCCGAUUGAGAAAAUUUUGGAUGCUGAGCAUUGCGCGGAUUAUUUAGAUGAGCAGAAACCGGACAUUAAGCCGGAGACUCUGACAGAAUUAAGUCAUUCAGCAGAUCGUCAAGUCGUCCAGCUUGUCGAAUGGGCGAAGCGAGUUCCGCAUUUUUGUGAGCUUCCGAUUGAGGAUCAAGUCUGUCUCGUUCGUGCGGGAUGGAAUGAAUUGCUGAUCGCUGCUUUUGCUCAUCGAUCCGUGAACGUGAAAAACGGAAUCAUUCUUGCCUCUGGAUUGCUUGUUGAACGCCAGUCCGCCCAUGGUGCUGGCGUUGAAGCGAUUUUUGAUCGGGUUCUGUCUGAGCUCGUGUCGAAAAUGCGGGAAAUGAAAAUCGACAAGACAGAACUUGGCUGUUUGAGAGCGAUUGUACUAUUCAACUCAGGUGCAAAAGGUCUCAAGUCAACCCAGAGGGUUGAGUUGCUGCGGGAACAGGUGUUCAUUGCGCUGGAAGAUUACUGCCGUAAGGCCUAUUCGCAUGAGCCUGGGCGAUUCGCGAAACUGCUCCUUCGACUCCCUUCUUUGAGAUCCAUUGGACUGAAAUGUUUGGAACAUCUGUUCUUUUACAAAUUGAUCGGGGACACUCCGAUGGAUGCUGUCUUGCAGGAAAUGCUAGAGGCACCUCCCGUCGACUAA